CCGUGUGAAUGCGGUAAUAACAUGCAGUCAUAAAUAAAAAGCAUAACCGAGUUGGCACUAGGUGGAGCUGCUAGGGUUCACAGAUGUUCUAUUUCCUCACAUACUGAAGAAUGUUGUCAAGAAUGUAGGUGUUAGGCUGUUAGCAAACGUUUAAAUUGUAAUUUGCAGAUAGAUAUCGAAUAUUGAUUGAAAAAGCAGAUGAUGAUUGCAUGUAACAAUAACUUAGCUCCAGAGCAGGUUUACGCGUUCGUCUAGCUACAAUUUAUGUUUCUGUUGGUGUAGUGUUAGUCAUUUUUAUGACCUACUAUUAUUGUGGACACUGAAAUUCCAUUUUUUGUAAGUGCAAAAUUAUAUGAUGAAGCUGCCUAUAGAUGGAGCCAGGGUACAAAAAGUAAGGGAAACUGAUAUCUCUGCCGUUGCUCGACUGGAAAGGGAAGGAUACCCAUUGGAUGAGGCAGCAAGUGAAGAAAAGUUAUUGCACAGACAUUCUCAGGCACCCGAACUAUUCCUGGGAUGCUAUCUACGUGACACGGUUAUAGGGUACAUUUGCAGUACACGAGCAAAUGAUGACACCUUGACAGAGGAAUCUAUGAGCACACAUGUGCCCUCAGGAGAAUCUGUGUGCAUUCAUUCCGUGUGCAUAGACAGCAGUUACCGACGGCAGGGAAUGGCACUCGCAUUACUGAAAGCGUAUGUGGAGCACAUCGGGCAGAAUUGCAGCGGAGUUAAACGCCUGCUGCUGCUUACACACACCGAGUUGCUGCACUUGUACACCAAGGCUGGUUUCAGACUGGUCGGCGAGUCGGCUGUCACGCAUGGGGCAAGACCAUGGUAUGAGUGCGUACUAAAGCUAGAGACUACAUGUGAGGGAGACAACAUGGAAUCUAUGAAUGCCAUGUAAUUUAUUUAUAGUGUAGGCUUCGGUUUGUAAGAGGACCACCUGGUCCAGGAUGUCAUCUAGUUUUUGUGCUAAAAAGGAAUGUGGAGCCAAUUGAGAACAGCAUUUUUAACGCGACUUUUUUACAAACAUAAUUCCAAGAUAACAAGGUAUCUCUUUUCAUUAAAAAUCAGAUGUUAAAUCAGAUGUUAAAUAAACAAUAUUUUACACAUAUUUACAAA